CGGAGCGGCGGGCAGCGGGCUCCCAGGAGGGGCAGCAGACACCGGGGGCCCCCAGGCGGGACACCGGGCCCCCAGGCGGGGCGACAGGCAUCGGGCCCCCAGGCAGAGCGGCAGACACCGGGCCCCCAGGCGGAGCGGCGGGCACCGGGUCAUCAGGCACCACAACGGGCAUCGGGUCACCAGGCAUCAGGUCAUUUGGCUCGCCAGUGGGCACCGCGUCAUCUGGCAAGGCAGUGGGGCACCGAGUCACCAGGCACGACAGUGGGCUCCGAGUCAACUGGCAUGACCGCGGGCACUGGGUCAGACAUUGGAUCGUCUGGCCCGACAGCGGGCAUCAGGCUGGAUCAGUUCAUCAGGCUGGGUAGAAACAUCAUGCUGGGUAGAGGCAUCAGGCUGAAUGGAGGCAUCAGGCUGAAUGGAGGCAUCAGGCUGGGUGGAAGCAUCAGGCUGGGUGGAGGCAUCAGGCUGAAUUGU